AUGGCUACAGCUGCAUCGCCUCUGCCUAUCCCCGCUCCAUCACGCAAUUUCGUUUUCAUCAAUGACACCAAUCCCGACGAUUCCAAGUCGAAGAGCAAGCGAAAGCUCGUCCGCGCACAAGCAGCUCGAGGACCGCAUGCCAACGCCCCCGACGGCGCAAAGGGAGAAAAGACCGCAAACACCACCACCAAACAUCAGCAGUUGAAGUGCAACAAAAAGGAGCGAAAUGCCGUCACAACCUUUCCAUUGAGUCUCAUCGGUCUCGAAGACCUGACGACACCAACACCCACAACCACCACCAGCACCAAAAUCGAGAGAGUGACGAUCCAAGUGAAAGAAAUGCGUCGCGAAGAGUCGAGCGAUAGUUUGACGACAGAGAAUAAAGACCCACUUGAGACUGCGGGUGUCAGUGCGCCAGCUGCAGCCAUCCCUGCGCUCAAGCAAUCCGACUCUGCAGAAGAAAGCAGUUCGCCAAGCACCGAUGCAGGUAGCACGCUCGUACCGAGAAUGCCCGGCACAGGCUGGGUUGCGCCAUUCAUCUCGCAUCCUGACCCUGAGAAGCCGUAUAUUCCUAUGCUGGUGGAUCACUACCUUUCCAACAUCGCCGUCAACAUCCCUGAACUCGACGCCGGCACGCCUUACAUCCUCCGCCUGAAAUGGUUCCCCAUGGUCAUCACUUCGCCCUCAACCCUCUACAUCGUCCUCCUAACCUCCGCCUCCCAUUUCGCCGCCUUCAACAACCUCCUCCCCCGCUCCGAAAUCCAGAUGAUUCUCCUCAACUUAAAACAAGCAACUUUCAACGCCAUCAACAAAGAAAUCCGCGACGCCAACGCCCGCGCCGAGUCCGCCGGCGUGAGGGGCGGUGGCUACAUGGCCGACACCAUCAUCGGCGCCGUCGCAAAAAUGGCCAGCUAUGAAGCCAUGUUCGGGAAAAAGGAACUCUUUCAUACCCAUAUGCGCGGCUUGUGGAGUAUGGUGCAAGGACGCGGCGGACUCGGCUCGUUGGGCCUCGAUGGUUUGUUGGAACGAAUGGUUCUGUGGAUUGAUAUCAAUUCGGCGUUUUUGCUGGAUUCGAAGCCGUAUUUUGAGCCCAGGCGGCCGUUGGCGGGCCAGACGGGCUGGGUGGAGGAGCCGAAUAUGGUGGGGUUUUUAGGUGCGUCGUGA